AUGACUUCGUUCGAUGAAAUCGUCAAUUCUCUCCGUCGUUCAUCUGGAGAAGACAAGCAGCCCCUCCCACGGGUUACGUUGGGUGCCAUUAAUAAAGAUGGCUCCUUUCACUAUGCCAAGGUUUUUGGGGAUGAGUCUACCGACACUCCGGGCACUGAUGCUGUACAUUGGGUCGCGUCUUGCACAAAGUUUCUGACCACCGUCGCUGUGAUGCAGCACAUGUUGACUCACUCCAGUGGCAUGGCAUAUGUGUUCAUGCACCCACUCCUGGCUCGCUACCAACAAUUGCAAGGCGAACGACCACUUAUCCAGCAGACUGUGAAAGAGUCCUAUCACCCAUUCCUGUUGUUCGAACCGGGCGAGCGCUGGCUGUACUCGCCAAGCGUCGAUUGGGCAGGGGUCACGGUCGAGCGGGUCACUUCCAUGAGACUUGGGGAAUACAUGAAGCACCAUAUAUUUGACGUUGUUUCAGCGAAAGACGCUACCUUUCAUCUCGAGCAACGAGAGGACCUUCGCGCGCGGAAGGCUAAGAACUGGGGAAGAGUAGGCCAGAGCCUGGAAGAGGAAAAGAAUCCUGUAUGGCCCGACCCAAUUGCAGAGGAUCAAGGUGGAGGUGGGGUCUACACCACAGUCAGCGAGAUGCUCAAGAUCUACCACGGCAUUCUCACCGCGAAGCUGCUCCGACCUGAGACUAUCAAGCUCAUGUUCCAGCCCCACCUGGGAAGUAACAGAGGCCUUGACAAACCAGAUGAGUACCCGUUGCCAGUGAUAAAUGCAAUUUGGAAUGCCGUGCCGCAUGAUGUUCCUGUGAGCUUUGGCCUUGGUGGCCUUGUUAACACCGCUGCUGUCCCCGAGCAACGGGGGGUGCAUUCACUCACCUGGUCCGGUAUACCGAAUUGCUACUGGUGGAUCGACAUUAACAAUGGUGUCGCUGGUAUAUAUCUCUCUCAGCUUGUACCGAUGGGGGAUCAGAAGUCUGUGGAGCUGCUUACAGCGUUCGAAAAGUUCGUAUACUCGUCGUUGAACCAGGUUCAGCCAGCAGGUGUACAAGCGCACUCGCACUUGUAG